AUGACAACUAAAAGUCUAGAAAUCGAAUUUAACAGAAGAAACAGCAGUGAUAAUUUUAGUCAAGCAAUCAAUAGUACCAGCAGAGAAUAUGUCUUUGCGCCUGUUAAUUACCGUGAUAAACUCAUGAUAUUCACCGCCAUGCUCUUAGUGUUUGGUGUGUAUGGGUUGAUUGCAAACUCUCUGAUCCUUUACCUCAAGAACAAGCAACACAGAAGAAGACGAAGCCAAAGAGGAACCAGUCGAACCUUGACAGAAUAUUUCAUCAAUAGUCUUGCCUUGACAGAUUUGCUUUGUUGUCUUAUUAGCUUUCCUGUUUUUACAACUGAAAUGUUCAUCGACUUCGUCAAAAGUGACUCGAUUUGCAGAUUGAAUAGGCUUAUAAAUACUUGUUUUCCUGUAAUAACAAUUAUUAAUCUUUUAGUUAUUGGUAUAGAACGAUAUUUAGCCAUUUUUCAUCCAUAUUAUCUUCUAAGGCGAAGGAAAGCUAAGAAAAUGGUUGUGGGAGCUUGGGUUUUAGGAAUUUUGAUAACUCUUGCCUUUAUUCCUUCCCUCAGGCUUGUGUAUGAAAGCGUUGGAGACAACUAUUAUACUUUUGUUWGUAAAUACGAUAGCUCAGUUUCAUUAUAUAGGGCUAUCUUCACCAGUUUUAAGUUCAUAGUAUACUUCUUGCCGAGUUUUACUUUAACGUUCAUUAACCUUCGUAUUCUAAAGCGCCAACGAUUAAGCAAACGUGUUGCCGCUUCUCAAACCACUCAACGGGCUUUGUCUCGACUAAAAGUAACAAGAAUGUUCGUAUCUCUGAUAUUUGCUUUCGUUAUUCCGUACACGGCCUUUUUCGUUUCCUUUAGUUUUAGAGCGGUUUUUAAACGUAAUGUUUCAUUCACUGCUGACUACAUAGUUCGUCAUGUCAAUAUUUUUUUGGUAUAUGCUAACGGUUCAGUAAGUGCUACCAUCUUGAUAUAUUAUGAAAAGUUAUACCUUGAGCUCUUGUCGUGUUUUCGACCACGUUCCACCACAAAUAAUCGUAAUAAAACUGUUCAAAGACAAGCAUCAGUUAAUAAGGUAAACGAUAUUAAAGAUAGAAUAACACCAAUUUAA